AUGAGAAAGACCAAGAAGAUUUCCUUUUUGAUCUUCUGGGUUGUUCUCAUAAGCAUAAUUGGUGCUAUUUCUUCGCAACAAUGCAACGAAACUGGGUAUUUUGAACCUUGGAAAACUUACGACACCAACCGUAGGCAGAUCCUUACAUCUCUUGCUUCCAAAGUGGUGGAUCACUACGGCUUCUACAAUUCUUCCAUCGGCAAAGUUCCUGACGAAGUGCACGUAAUGGGGAUGUGCAUCGACGGGACCGAACCUACGGUUUGCUCCGAUUGUCUCAAGGUCGCGGCCGACCAAUUACAAGAGAAUUGUCCUAACCAAACUGAAGCGUAUACAUGGACACCUCAUAAGACGCUCUGUUUUGCUCGUUACUCUAACAGUUCAUUCUUCAAGAGGGUUGGAUUGCACCCACUUUACAUGGAGCAUAGUAAUGUGGAUAUCAAAUCAAAUUUGACAUAUUUAAAUACGAUAUGGGAGGCUCUAACGGAUCGUUUGAUGUCUGACGCAUCCUCGGAUUAUAAUGCAUCAUUAUCUAGUCGUAGAUAUUAUGCAGCUAAUGUAACAAAUCUGACAAAUUUCCAGAAUAUAUAUGCAUUAAUGCUAUGCACUCCUGAUCUAGAAAAAGGUGCUUGUCACAACUGUCUGGAAAAAGCUGUUUCUGAAUAUGGCAACCUUAGGAUGCAAAGAGGAAUUGUUGCAUGGCCAAGCUGCUGUUUUCGGUGGGAUCUGUAUCCCUUCAUCGGAGCUUUUAAUUUGACACUUUCACCCCCGCCAGGUAGCAAAAGGAAUAUCUCAGUUGGAUUCUUUGUGGCCAUUGUUGUUGCCACCGGAGUUGUCAUCUCUGUGCUAUCUACUUUAGUAGUAGUACUUGUUUGCAGAAAGAGAAAAACUGAUCCUCCAGAGGAAUCACCUAAAUAUUCACUGCAGUAUGAUCUUAAGACAAUUGAAGCUGCAACAUGUACCUUUUCAAAGUGCAACAUGCUUGGUCAAGGUGGAUUUGGAGAAGUUUUCAAGGGUGUGCUUCAAGACGGAUCAGAAAUUGCAGUGAAGAGGCUGUCAAAAGAAUCAGCUCAAGGUGUACAAGAGUUCCAGAAUGAGACUAGUCUCGUGGCAAAGCUUCAGCACAGAAAUUUGGUUGGAGUUCUCGGGUUUUGUAUGGAAGGAGAAGAAAAGAUACUCGUAUACGAAUUUGUUCCCAACAAAAGCCUCGACCAGUUCUUGUUUGAACCUACAAAGAAAGGCCAACUGGAUUGGGCGAAACGGUACAAGAUUAUUGUUGGAACUGCUAGAGGAAUUCUAUAUCUUCAUCAUGACUCACCCCUCAAAAUCAUACACCGUGACCUCAAAGCUAGUAACAUCCUCUUAGAUGCUGAAAUGGAACCCAAAGUCGCAGAUUUUGGAAUGGCAAGAAUUUUUAGGGUGGAUCAAUCUCGAGCGGAUACAAGAAGGGUAGUUGGAACCCAUGGCUACAUAUCUCCAGAGUAUUUGAUGCAUGGCCAGUUCUCGGUGAAAUCUGAUGUCUAUAGUUUUGGAGUCUUGGUUCUUGAGAUUAUAAGUGGAAAAAGAAACAGCAACUUCCAUGAAACUGAUGAAUCCGGAAAGAAUUUGGUCACAUAUGCUUGGAGGCAUUGGAGAAACGGAUCACCAUUAGAGCUUGUGGAUUCAGAACUCGAAAAGAAUUAUCAGAGUAAUGAAGUCUUCAGAUGCAUCCAUAUCGCGCUAUUAUGUGUUCAAAAUGAUCCAGAACAACGUCCGAAUUUAUCUACUAUCAUCAUGAUGCUCACAAGUAACUCCAUCACUUUACCGGUGCCUCAGUCACCGGUAUAUGAGGGAAUGGACAUGUUUCUACCUUCUAUCAAAUCUCUUCCUGGUUCUGUCAACGAUUCAUUGAUUGAUGACUUAGUUCCUCGCUGA